AUGCCCUUAGAUAUCCUGGGCCGCACGCGCGCUACACUGACGGAGACAACGAGAAUUCCUAGUAAGUGCGAGUCAUCAGCUCGCGUUGAUUACGUCCCUGCCCUUUGUACACACCGCCCGUCGCUACUACCGAUUGAAUGGCUUAGUGAGACCUCCGGAUUGAGUUAUUGGUGCUUCACGGCGCUAGUUUUUCGAGAAGUUGGUCAAACUUGGUCAUUUAGAGGAAGUAAAAGUCGUAACAAGGUAACCGUAGGUGAACCUGCGGUUGGAUCAUUACAUAUUACUGAUUGGUUGUGUUAUUUCGGUAACCUCCAACCUAAUCAAAACACCAUGUGA